AUGGAGUGUGGGAAGAGCAGCACCCUGAUCAGCUACCAGAUGAUCCACACCGGGGAACGACCCUAUGAAUGUAGGGAAUGUGGGAAGAGCUUCAGGCAGAAGUCCCUCUUGAUCUGCCACCAGAGGACCCACACCAGGGAACGGCCCUAUGAAUGUGGGGAAUGCAGGAGGAGCUUCAGGCUGAAGUCCCUCUUGAUCUGCCACCAGGGGAUCCACACUGGGGAAAGGCCAUACAAGUGCCCUGAGUGCCAGAAGAGGUUUCACACCAGCUCUGAUUUCCUCCUGCACCAGCGGAUUCACACCGAGGAAAGGCCCUUCAGCUACCCUGAGUGUGGGAAGGGCUUCAACCGCAACUUCAACCUCAUCAAGCACUGGUGCAUCCACACUGGGGAGAGGCUCUACAAGUGUCCCCAGUGUCAGAAGAAGUUUCGGACCAGCUCCAAUCUCCUCCAGCACCAGCAGAUUCACUCAGAGGAGAGGCCCUUCCUCUGCCCUGAGUGCGGGAAGGGCUUCAAGGCGACCAGCCCAGCUGCCCUCAGUGCCCUCGGGGCACGGGAGAGUGUCUCCCCGCUGUCGGCCGUGUCGGGGCUGCCCCCGGUGUCUGCCGACUCGGGACUGGCCGAGGGUUCCUGA